GAUGACUCGAUGUGCUGGCUCAGAAGGGAAGUGACCGGUGCCGGGACCUCCAGAGUCACAGACGUCCAUAACCGAAUCUCAGACGUUGGGCAUUGGUACAUACAUACGCUCCGCCAAGCUCUGUGGCUAGCUGAGCCCGUUGCUGCCCAGCUCCGUCGGCCAACGGCACCAAGCCGAAUUGUGGACGCAUGGAGGUAUAUCCACUCACGCUGGGGGUCACUGGGAUCGGUAGGUGUGAAGAGAGGAGGUGUGGUUAUGGCGUAACCCCUCUUCCGGCGCUAUCCAUCUUAAGGAAGAGGCCUACCUUGUCCCCUCUUCCCGACUCCCUCCCCACCACCUCCUUACCAACACACUUUCACAAAGCACACCUUUCCUGACCCAGUUGUAUUUCUACUCAAGAUGACUACCCCGAUCCCCAUUGCCCUCGUCGAACCGGAGGAGCACUCAGCCAGAAUGAUCCAACGGGAGCUCCUCCCUAACUUCGAAGUGGUCUAUGUCCUCACCGAUCCCGAUAAUGCCAUAUUCCAGAUUUUUACCCGCCAUAUGAGCAAGCUGGAGGGCAACCUGGAUGACUACCGCGACGGCUUUGGCGUCGGGACCAACCCGGAGGCCGCGGAAGCGGACCGCAAGAACCCCCGUGCCAUCGUACUCACCCCGGCCGUCUACGACGAGCCGGCUGCCGCCAUCAAGUAUGGUAUGGAGCAUGGCCCGAUCAAGGGCGUCCCGGUGGUGAGGAUGGUGCCUAGACUUUCGCACCAGGCCAGCGUGCACGAGUUGAAGGAACAGCUUGAUGGGUUGCGUAAAGGCGGGGCCAUUAAGGCUGAUUAGGAGGGGGUUUAGAUUCCGGGGUGAUGGGAGUAGUUUGUGUAUAUAGGUACUUACACUGGUACCCCCUGGCUUUAUAACCCGGGGCUUUUUGCUUGG